AUGCUUGAGCCACAUUCUAAGGAGCAACCACUGAUAGUUGAACUCAUUCAAAAGUUGAUUGAGUGGAUUAACAAGGAGUUGAUCGAUGAGAGGAUCCUCGUUCGUGAUAUUGAAGCGGAUCUUUACGAUGGACAAGUUCUGCAAAAAUUGAUCGAAAAACUCACAGGCGAAUCUCUUAAUCAACCUGAAUUAACACAAACUGAAAUGGGUCAGAAACAGAGACUAAGGAUGGUUUUGGAGGAGAUCAACAAUGUUCUGGGUGUGCCGGAGGUCUACGCUGCCCAAAACUGGCCAGUUGCCGCCAUCUUCUCCAAGGAUCUCGUAGCAACCUUGCGUCUUCUUGUUGCCUUAGUGCAUCGCUUUGCACCCGAUUUUCGUUUACCUGCCGGUUGUCAACUUACUCUAGUCAUCGUUCGCAAACUCAAUGGUGUUCUACAACAUCGUAGACAAAUUGAAGUCAUCACUGAAAUGACCGACGCCACCGGUAAAGAUGGGAUUCAUUUGUUACAUUCACACUCUCUCUUAUGGACUGAUAUUAUUUAUACUAACCUCUCUUGUGACUCCAUUGCUCAUAUUGUGAGAUGGGUAAUCAUAAUCACAAAAGAGCUGAUUGUUGAGAUUGAUUUGUGCUUCACAGUAGUUUCUUGCUGA